AUGGAUCCCAACAACGGGAAGGACUCUAGCAACUCGCGUCGCUCAUCGACCCGACGCUCGCGUUCCUUGAGGCUGUCCACUGGUAGUGGUGCCGAUGAUGACUACGAUCUCAGUGCUAUGAUGGUGGCGGAUGGCUUCCGACCGUCCGAUAAUGCCACCUCUUCUUCUUCCAUGAACCCGACUUCAAACUCGAAUACCCAACCCGAAUCGUCAUUAUCAUCGACUGAAUCCUUUUCGCAACAAUCGGCAUCCACAAAGUCAUCACAGGCACCGCUUGUCUCUGGUGGAUCAGACGAAAUCGCACCUGCUAUCCGCAAUCGACCUUCUAGCAUCUCCAAGCCUCACCGAAAUCAUGAUUCUCUUGCUCUUCGAAACGACGGUACAUCAACUGCUGACCGAUCUCAUAUACGCAACAACCACAGUCUAUCGUCAGAUUCUCCGGUCAUUCGCGCCGAAAGUCCAUAUACAGGGCCCUCUGGUCCCUCUCAUCCGUACCAGAUGUAUCCUCAGCGAACAAUGAGUGUGGCUACUACAUCUACCGCCGCCAACGCAGCCAUACCAGAAGAUCGGUCUUACGGAGGCACUCAAGCUCCAACUCAUCCAUAUGCUCUUUACACACAGAACACCACCUCCGGCGAGAGCAGCACACCCUCGAUUCCAGUGGGAUUCAACGGCUUGGGAGGAACUUAUCAGCGACAACUAGGACCGGAUGGAGAAGAGGCAGGUGAUUUGGUCGGCCCAUUGGGCCAUAUGGAGGAACUGCCGCCCUACACCAGAUAUCCGGAUAACGCGUAUGUGCCUAAACCUGCAACACAAACACCAGUAUCGCCAGUAUCGCCCGUGUCGGAACCCUCAUCCCCCACCAGGGAAAUCCCAGGAGCUGGUGGAAUCGGUAUGGCAACUCGCGAUCCUGAAUUCUCAUCAACGGAUGAUGACCUAGCUUUGCCGAGGACCCGGCCUUCAGUCAGAAGCCAUGCCUCUGAGGCCAGCCAUCACGACAUCAACACCGCCGCCGCCGAAACGUCCGAGAAACCUGCUGUCAACAAAUGGCAACGUCGGGCAAAGAAGAAGCUCUGGGGAAUUGUACCUUACUGGGCUAUUUGCCUCCUGCUUGUUGGCUUGAUGCUCAUGGGCAUCAUCAUGGGUGCCGUUAUUGGAACUAUGCUCACGAAAAACCAUAACAAUAACCCAGAUGAACCCCCUGAUCCAAACGACAAAUAUUCUUACCAACCUCCAACCACGACAACAUAUGACCCUGAGAUCAUUACAACUAUACCGACUGACUUACCACCAAUGGCCAAAGGGCGUUUUGCACUUCCCAAUAUUGACCCCAGCCCUCAGAAUAGCAAUGCCUGCUUCAACGACUCGCAACAGUCAUCGGCCUGGUCCUGUGACAUUGUCAUCCCUAUGUGGUCGAUUCAAAUCGAUAGUGACACAAGCUCCAAGUCCAAACCUUGCUACAAUUUGACUCUCAAAGCUAUUGGUGAUAAGGACACCCCAUUUCCAUGGGGUGCUCAACCUCCCAGCAUUCCUCAGCCAACACGUAUGGUAUUAGUCAACGACACAUUGGAAAUUGCACGCGGUCCUGCUUGGUGGUUGAGGACAAAGUACAACAAGACUGUCAUCGUUUCCGAGAAGAAGUUUGGUGCUCUGAGCAAGCGAGGUUGGGACGGCAGCGACGAAUAUGAAGACUACAACUCUUUCCAUCGAUUCAAGAACAAGGCCCCCGUCAAUGCCAAGAAGGGCGAAAAGCCUUGGAUAUGCACAUGGCCAGACACUGUCAUCGAGUUCUUUAUCUACCCCAGUGAAAAUUCUUCGACCUAUCAUCCACCUCCUGCGACAACUACUGUUUACGAAGAUGCCACUACCACAUACAGCACCUACUCUAGCUCAUCCACAGCCGACUGGAACUCUUGGAAACAACCCCUGCCUGUAUUCCCUCAUGUUUACAAGAUGGUUGAGCGCCGAUUUCUAUGGGGUGAAGAAUCCGUGGCGACUUGCACUCAAUACGAGAUCAUUGGUGACGGAAGUGAGACGCAGCCGGUCACCAAAGAUGGCAAGAAGGUUGUAAUGGUCAUUGUUGAAGAGGAGAAUGAAGAUGUUGAUGAACUGGACCUUACCUUCACAAAGCGCUCAGACCUUGAGACCAAGAAAGCACUUCGACAGUUGCUGAAACGAACAAACCCGUCACUUACCGAUUGCGGUUGCUCAUGGACGUCACUAUAA